AUGGCAGGCACAGAACAUGCCGUUACCACUUCAGCGCAGAAUGAGCCACUGCCAGCCUUACAAGAAAGUAAAAUCCACAUUCAGACUAUGAAGCAACGUUUGAAGAACUACCGUCAACGACACACCAUGGUGAUCCAGAAAGAACAAGAACGGGAAGAACAAGCAGCUGUGCUGGAAAAAAGGAAACGAGAAGAAGCGGAACGUCUAGAAACCGAACGCCAACUUUUAUUAAAGCAGCUGGAAGAAGAAUCCGCGGCCCAGGCAGCCAAGGCGGCGGCGGCUCCAUCUCCAUCCAACAACAUCCAAUUCAACAUGUUCAGCAGUACAAUGUCAUUAAACGACCCUGGAUUUGCUGCGCAAUUAUUUUCCGGCUAUCCUACAAUGGUGACUGAACAGCAAGCAAUCGAUUGGCUUCGAGCCGAUGCCAAUAAGCAACAGUAA